CUUAGAGCACAAUUCUGACCCUUUAUUCGGGAAUAAAGUGUCAAGUUAGAUGCCUGCUUAACCUGUUUUCUUUGGUACCUUUGCAGUUCUUUUUGAGUAUCAAUAAGCCAAAGAAUGUACGGAUCGCCUCACAAUUUUAUGAACCCAGCAAUCGUCACAGCAAGGUAGAGAUUUGUAUAGAGCUACCGCCGAAGUGAAUCCUCCUGUUUCCAGAGACGAAUAUAGCAUUUGAAACAUAACACUUGUUUUGGGACAGAGGAAGGACAGCAUGGCUGGUGACGAGAGGAAUCUAAUUGAGAUUUUAGAGGAGAAUAUCCCUAUAGACUUUAACAAGUACAUCACAUAUGUUCAGUCACCAGAAUGUGGUGCUAUAGCCACUUUUGCUGGCACAACUCGCAACACAUUUGAGGGCAAAGAAGUGUUGGAGCUAAGGUACGAGGCGUACACUCCGAUGGCAAUACGUUGCAUUCAAACUGCAUGCUCGUCUGCCCGAUCAACAUGGAAUCUCAACUCGAUUGCCGUUGCCCACAGACUAGGACCUGUGGCAGUUGGGGCAACAAGUGUGUUUGUUGCGACAUCAUCUGUGCACAGAACAGAUGCAUUGGAUGCUUGUAAGUUUCUGAUUGACGAGAUCAAAGCGUCUGUUCCAAUCUGGAAGAAGGAAGUGUACACUAAUGGAGAGGUUUGGAAAGAAAACAGAGAGUUUCUGGACAGAAAUGCUAAGAAAUUGACACAAAAUGGGAGCAUUGGUGAGAAAAAGGGGUGUUGCUGUGGGACAAAGGUGAGAAUUGAGUGAUGGUCAUAGUUUUUGCCUUUUGCUUUUCCAGGCAUGUGGAAGUAAAAAGUAAAGUAAAACAAGUACAGUUCAAAUACACUUCAAACUCAAUUAAUCCUGGCCUGAUCUUAAUUUAGUUUUCUUUAAGUAGUUCCAGUUGCUCUAUUAGACUAUUUGUACACUGCAUAAUGAGCUGGACGUGUGGUGGUGAUGAUAUGUUGACAGUUUCUUGGUCCAAGUAUAUCUAAUAUUUAAGAAUGAAGUGAAAGUAUAGACCAAAUAAUCAUGUACGGACUAUAAUUUUAAUUUGUCAAGUAAUUCAAA